CUCCGCGUUUUCGUUCUUCCGAAUCUUUCAAGGUACCGGCUCUCAAAGAGCCGGUUCUUUACAUCGCGAACGAAUCUAAAGAUUUCGUUCUCUCAAAGAUUCGUUAUUUUUGAACGAAUCGGUCACGAACGACCCAUCACUAGCGCCCUUGCGCCGCAGUGAAAAACAAGUCCAAAGCGUGUGCAUGUCACGUCAGCACUCGGAGGAAGUAGGGCAUUGUAUAUACUACGUGGAGAAUUAAGGCAUACUAGUGAGAAGUUGACCUAGGGUUUAAACGUUUUAAAAGCUGAUUUAACCUUUUUAGUGUACAUAAGUGAAAAUGGCAACUAGUAAAAAUGAAAAAAUUGGUAUUAUUGGAAGCGGCCUGAUCGGACGCAGCUGGUCGAUGCUGUUUGCGAGCGUGGGCUACCAGGUGUGCCUGUACGACGUGGAGGCGGCGCAGGUGACGGCGGCGCUGGAGGACGUCGAGGAGCAGUUGAAGUCCCUGGAGAGGGAGAAGCUGCUGCGGGGCAAGCUGACGGCCGCUCAGCAGUUCGCGCUGAUCAAAGGCACGAGCAGCUUGGCACAGUGCGCGAAGGGAGCCGCGCUCGUGCAGGAGUGCGUGCCGGAGAACCUGGCGCUCAAGCGCAAGGUGUUCGCGGAGCUGGACGCCGUGGUCGACGGAUCGACCAUCCUGUCCAGCUCGACCAGCACGUUCCUGCCGUCGCUGUUCAGCGAGGGCCUGAAGAACCGCAGCCAGGUGGUCGUCUCCCACCCGGUGAACCCUCCGUACUACGUGCCGCUGGUGGAGCUGGUGGGGGCGCCCUGGACCGACCCAGCGGUGGUCACCCGCACACGCAGCAUCAUGAAGGAGAUCGGCCAGGUGCCGGUGCACCUCAAGAAGGAGGUGGAAGGGUUUGCGGUCAACAGGAUCCAGUACGCCAUCCUCAACACAGUGUUCCACCUCGUGGCGGACGACAUCCUGAGUGUCGAGGACGUGGACAACGUCAUGAGCGAGGGACUCGGCAUGCGCUACGCCUUCCUCGGCCCGCUCGAGACGGCGCACCUCAACGCUGAAGGCAUGAGGAACUACUGCGAGCGCUACGCCAGCACCAUGCACGCGGUGAGCCAGACCUUCAAGCCGGCGCCCCGCUUCGAGGGCCCGGUGGUCGAGGAGAUGGCGCGCCAGCUCGAGCGCAAGGUGCCGCUGGACGGGCUGGCGGCGCGGCGCGCCUGGCGCGACGACUGCCUCACCAAGCUGUCCGUGCUGAAGCGCCAGACCGGCGGCCAGUGAGCCCGCUGCCGCUGGCCCCGGCUUAGCCACGGUCCUGGGAAACUACAUACAUACUUAGUAACUGAUGUAUCGCGCGGUCUCGAAACAAUUCCCCCCUGGUGCAGCAUACUGAAGCUACCAAGUACCGGCGUGCAGGGGCGUAGCCCGGGGGGAGGGGGUGGGGGUUAGGGGUUCAAACCCUCCCCUUAGCACCAAAUCUUUAAUUAAUUUCUUAUUCGUCACUCAAACAAAUUUCAUAUUAAAAUUAAUAAAAUUUUUACCAUUACAAUAUUUAAAUUUAAGAACCGAAAACUGCUAAAAUAGCACUAUUUUACACCUUAAAAUCCAAAUUUUCCCGGGGGAGGACCCCCAGACCCACCGCUUUAAUACGGGGGAGGGGGAGGGCAUGCUUCUUAACACCCACCGUACACAAAUCCUGGCUACGCCACUGCCGGUGUGACCUGGAAAGGAAUGGCCGUCCCAGUCCUACAAUACGUGCCUCUGGCUGAGCAGAUUCUCUCGAGCGCCUGUGCCAAAUGUACGUAGUUUCACAUCAUUAGAAUUGGCUCCACACAAACCAAGAAACAGCAUCAGUCUCGCCAUAAAGCGUUAAUCACGCUAAUAUUCACAUGAAGUCGAGUUCCACCCAGACGCAGUGGGUGGCAACACCAGGACAACAUAACAGCUUGCAUUUUGGAAAUAAGCAUAAAACAUUAUAUAUGUAUAUGUAUGUGAUUUUUGUAAUGUGUGCCUUUUGAUUUUAGUAUGGAAAAUGUGAUAUUUUUUAAUGGAUUUUUAGGUGAUUUUUAAAGGUAUUUGUGUUUAAUAAAGCAAUAAAAGUUGUAA